AUAGGGAAAUUAGAGAAAAUCAGAAAAUGAUUGUCACAAAAAAUAAAUGAACCGGAGAAAAAUGUCUAUUUAUAGAAAUUUGUACGAUCGAUGCCCCUCCUAUAUAUAAAAUAUACACGAGGUUGGGAUACCAGGAUAGUUGGGAUUUUCCAUUUAUUUUUAAGUCAAAGUAACUGCUGUACGUGAUAAGGAAAAUAUGGUCGACAGGAUUCGGCCUGGUGUGGAGAUUCGCUUUUGAAAUGACAUGGAUAUUUUGCUGUUGUAUUAAAAAAGCAAACGAAGAGAUAAUAGACCAAAAUGAAGUGGUUAUCCUCAGUGACGUAUUCGAAGGUUCCAACCAAACCAACACUACCCAACAAGCUGAAAAUGCUACAGAUGAUAAGCUUGCUGGAGAAACUGUUGUUAUUGAGCAGAAUGAGCAGUUGAAGGAUUUUCUGAAUAAUUUAUUUGCUGAUAUCAAGCUUAAAAUACAGGAAGAAGAACUUAACGAUAUUACAUUAUCUGUGGAGAAAACUGUUUUACAUUUACUUGAAAAGCUCAAAAGAGUUCAACCCGUCUUAAAAUCUAGUGAAAUUGUGCGUACCGGAAGUUGUUAUGAUGGAACGAAAAUUCUGAAACCAGACGAAUUUGAUUUUCUAGCGGUUAUAGACUGCUUUUCAAUAGCUGAUGCGGUAACUACAGAAAAAUGUGCAACCGAAGGCUUUGCUCAUGCAAGAUGCAUAGAAAAACGAGCAAGUUGGUCACCUUUUAUUGAACAAGGUAGCGACUUUUCAGUGGUGGCAUGCAGGAAAUCUAAAUCAUUGCGAGAAAUAUUCAGAGAACAUUUUCAUUCAGUCAUUCUAGCUGAAAUAUCUAAGACAUUUACUCUAACAAUGCACACAGGAUCACUUAUUCUACGCGGAUAUUCUGUACCAAUAAAUGGACCCCAAUGCAGCAUCCAAGUCUUAUGGCAGUCAAACAGCAGAAGCUCGGAACCUCUUGAAAUAGAUGUGGAUUUAAGUCCUGCUAUCAAAUGUAGUUGUAUUACCGCUAUUUUAAACAGCUCUGAUGUGAUAAAUGAGGAAGUAUUUAAUGAUAUUGUACAACUGAACCAGUUCUUUUAUCUUAUACCGCGACCACAUCCAGUUUGUAAUACAUGUCUCAAAAUGGUAUUUCCUCAAUCAGAUCAACAUUUGGUAAAGAGCUUGAAUGCAUCACAUAAAAAAGCUUUCAUGAUACUUAAAUAUCUCUCCCGCGAAAUGUUGAAACACAACUUCCGUCUAAAGAAGAUAUUCAAUUCAUUCGCAUUGAAGAUGGCAAUUUUUCAUCAUAGUUUUAACUGUAAUGAAAUAUACGACAGUGUAGGUGAGUGUUUAUUGUCAAUAGCAAGUUAUGUGCAGGAACAGUUGGCUAGAGAUCCACCUACGAUGCGUAGUAUAUUUACCGUAAGCCGAAACGUCUGGAAGAACGUAGACUUAACAAAGCACGAAUUGUCUGUCGCACGUGACAUACUGAAAAGUGUGAUUAAUGUUUUUGAAAAUAUAAAGCGUGGGCAAUUUGGAACAUCUGAUUUUAAUAGACUUAAAGAGGAGCUACUAAACGCUUGUUCUUAUUCUAUAUCCUUAGGGACAAAUCAUUUAGCUAAAAAAGUCAAUAUUAAACGUGGCGCAAAAAUGUCUGACGAGAGAAGUUUAUUUAGCGAUCAAACAAUGUAAUAUCUAAACAGAGUUUAGUCACAUUUUUGUGAUACUCCCUACAAUUAUAUUUAAUUAUAUACAUACAUUUUGUUGUUAAGCAUAGUGUGUUUAAAGUCGUACAUAUACGCAUAUGUACAUGAGGUUUUCAAGCACAACGUGUUUAAAUCCUAUCAGGUUGACUCAGUAGAUAAAGUACAAGACGCUGGACCGAGAGGUCGUGAGUUAGGUCCGCUGGUGAGGCGAAUAUUAUCUAUCAAUGUGUGAUUGUAGAGAAUAUGUCUGAAGUCAUUUGUCGUCAGUGUCUUAGCACUGGUACAGAAUACAGGAAUUCUGUACAGGAACACUGGUAAAGUAAUGGACGGAACAGUACUUCCGAAAACAGCUGGUGAACCAAUAUUCUAACGAAACAAACAAUCAGAUAAGGAGUUAAACAUCAAAACAAAGUGUUCCAUCUCUUUCUUCUGUUAACACGAUAAAUACAAGUUCUGACAGAUAUAAUACUAGAUUUGAUAUUUAAGAAACGUUUUGUGACAUUUUUUACCAUUCGUUAUAUUAUAUAUUUAUUUCCGGAACAAAAUGACCCAUUUCAGAGAGCUAGAUCUCUAUCAGAUGGAUGUUUUAUAGUAAUUGGUUUGUGUAAUUACCUCCCUUUAACGCGAAAAUAAAAUGGUUUCAAACUUA